AAUGUUUCCCAGUGUCAACCAGUUUAUUUUCACUGUUGAAAUAGCAACAACUUCAUCCAAGAAAAUUUCAAUUUUCGUCUAUUUAAAUGUAGGCCUAGCAAUCAGACAAUCUUUAAUGGGGGAUGAACAGAAUGGAACAAAUGCAGAGCAACCAUUUCUCUCUGAAAAAAUAGUUGAAGGUCAUCCGUUGAUCAUUCGAUUCGAUGCUGCUUACGCAAAAAGCUGUAUCGGAAUAGUUCAUUUGUUUAUCUCUAAUGCAAUCGUUUUUGGUUUGGUUUCUUUUAUAUCGUUCUUUUCCUCAUCACUAGUUGCAAGUGCCAUAACAUUUUACACAAAUUUUGACCAAAAGAGAAUACCACGUACAACAAUACACCACCUGGCUGCAGCAGCCAUUGCUGGCUACGGGUAUACAAUUUUAUUAGCAUGUGCAACAUUUCACGGCGUUCUUAGAUGGCGUCAAUCAACUCCAGCCACACCAUCUUAA